AAAAUUAAUAAUACCGUACUUUUGUCAUAAUUUGUGUUUUUGUCAAAAAACUGGUAAGUUAUAUAAACAACCUAUUUAUAAAAUCUCUAUUUUCUAUGAUGAGUAAAAAGGCAAUUCAUAACAGUCAUAUAGAGUUUGAAAUGUUCAUUUGUUAUAUGAAUAAGUAAAUACAAAUCGAAUAAUAUUAUUCGAUACGGAAUAAAUGACAAACUAAUCAGUUUCUUUUCUUUCUUCUGUUUACCUGUAUUUUUUUAUGAAAUAAUCCAAGCAAAACAGUUAGAUAACAAGAAUUUUCAUGCCCUUGAUCAACAUCAAAGAUAAAUCUAGAUCAUGUGAAAAAUCGACCACCUCAAAACUCUUUAAUCAUUUAAUAGCCCCACUACAGGGCCGAUUCAACCAAUAAGCGACGUUCGUCCUCUUCAAUAAUUUAGUGAACGCCUAUAGGCGUCAUUCGACAGAAUGGGAAAGUUGCUGAGCGUUUGUUUCGACUCACCAGGAUCAAAUGUCCAAACAGGAGUAAAGAAAAGAAAUAUGUCUCAAAGAAGUAUUAGAAGAGACAAAAAGGAUCAAAAUGCUCCACCGCCUCCAUUCUCUCCUCCCGCCUGGGCAAGACCCCCUUCCCCAACUCACGAUUCAACCGGUUCUAAUAAAUCAGGUGGUUCAAUGUUAACAAGACAAUUCUCUAUGGGUUCGGUAAAGAAGAAGAGAUAGAAAAGAAUUUAUGCUUUAUCGAAAUGGACAAAAAAGGAGACAUGAAAGAGACGAUUUUUCUUAGUUCCUUUAUUUUAUGCUGUUCAAUUAUUUAUGAAAACGCUUAUUACGCCAUUAAAUUCGUAUAUUGACUGGAAUUUUCUUGAUGUUGAUAACCAAAAAACAAGUACAAAAUAAAUGAGAAACAAAAUAUCCAAAAUAGCCAAAAAAUAUAGAUAAAACAAUAAGAAAAUCUGAAAGAAGUAAGUUCUAACUACAAUUAACUUCUAUUUUCAAUAUUCAUCUAGUUAAUUAAU